UCUUGUUGUCCUUUCCUAUGAAUAGAAUUAUCGAUUUCCGGGUUGUGAAAUGCCGUCUCCAUGCACUAGAUCAGCACCUAGACGAACGAUUAUGCACCCCUAGACACCCCGAGUCCGCUGUAUAGAGCUAUCACAGCCUUCCGUGGCGAAGAGUUUCCGAUGGGGCGCCACCAAGUGAUAAAAUAGUUUAUUUACAAACCAGUGGAUAUAUCGAUACCGGAUACAGUUUGUCUCAAAGUACUGGAGACGUCUCCACGACGACUAUCAGUUUGUCAACACCAUGUCCGACAACGACGAUAACCAGGCUGUUGUCAUUGACAACGGAUCCGGGAUGUGUAAAGCCGGCUUUGCUGGGGAUGACUGUCCACGUAGUGUUUUUUCAUCUGUGAUUGGUAAUCCAAAGUACCAAGCCUACAUGGCUGGAUUUAGUCUGGACAGGCAUUACGUUGGGGAUCAAGCCCAGGCCAAGAGGGGUGUGCUGAGCAUGACGUAUCCCAUACACAACGGCAUCGUCACCAACUGGGACGACAUGGAACGCAUCUGGAGUUACCUUUUCUACGACGAUCUCAGAACAGAUCCGAUGGAAGCGCCGGUACUUAUGACGGAGGCACCCCUCAACCCUAAACGUAACAGAGAAAAAAUGACGGAGAUUUUGUUCGAGAAAUUCAGCGUCCCAGGGUUCUAUGUCAGUAUUCAGGCGGUGCUGUCGUUGUACGCCUCAGGUCGUGGCAGUGGUAUACUGCUGGACUGUGGAGAUGGUGUCACUCACACCGUGCCCAUUUAUGAAGGGUACGCCCUGCCCCACGCUAUACGGAGAAUAAAUCUCGCAGGCCGUCACAUAACCUCCUACCUCCGCAGGAUUCUUCACGAGAGAGGAUACGACUUAAGUACUACAUCAGCUGAGUUCGAGAUAGUGAGAGACAUGAAGGAGAAACUCUGUUAUGUUCCCCUGGACUUCAAGGCGGAGAUGAAGGCAGCUGAAGAAUCUUCCUUACUUGAAAAAGAUUACGAGCUCCCAGACGGGAAUGUAGUAACUCUCGGCAAUGAGAGGUUCCGUGCUCCAGAGUGUCUGUUCAAGCCCAAACUACUGGGCAUGGAAACUCGAGGCAUUCAUCGGAUGAUUUUCAAGACCUUAAAGAAAUGUGAUAUUGACACAGGCUUCUAUGUCAGUAUUCAGGCGGUGCUGUCGUUGUACGCCUCAGGUCGUGGCAGUGGUCUCCUGCUGGACUGUGGAGAUGGUGUCACUCACACCGUGCCCAUUUAUGAAGGGUACGCCCUGCCCCACGCUAUCCGGAGAGUGAAUCUCGCAGGUCACCACAUAACCUCCUACCUCCGCAGGAUUCUACACGAGAGAGGACACGACUUUACUUCCACAGCUGAGUUCGAGAUAGUGAGAGACAUGAAGGAGAAACUCUGUUAUGUUCCCCUGGACUUUAAGGCGGAGAUGAAGGCAGCUGAAGAAUCUUCCUCACUUGAAAAAGAUUACGAGCUCCCAGACGGGAAUGUAGUAACUAUUGGCAAUGAGAGGUUCCGUGCUCCAGAGUGUCUGUUCAAGCCAAGCAUCCUGGCCAUGGAAAGUCGAGGCAUUCACGAGAUGAUGUUCAAGACUUUAAAGAAAUGUGAUAUUGACGUAAGGGGAGACAUGUGCGCCAGCUUCAUUCUGUCUGGAGGCUCGACCAUGUUCCCUGGUAUUACUGAGCGGCUGACUAAGGAACUUAUUAAACUGGUGCCGAAAACUAUGAAAGUGAAGGUGGUUGCUCCACCAGAGCGAAAAUUCAAUGUUUGGAUUGGUGGCUCCAUCUUAGCCUCGCUUUCAACUUUCCAACAAAUGUGGAUCACAAAACAAGAGUACGACGAAAUUGGACCUACCAUAGUCCACAGGAAGUGUUUGUGAGGUCUACAGGAAUUGUUUAUAGGUCCACAUGACGACUUUUUGGGGUCCACAGGUAUUGUUUGUGAGGUCCACAGGAAGUGUAGUGAGGUCCACAGGAAGUGUAGUGAGGUCCACAGCAGGUGUUUGCAAGGGUCACGUAAAAAGCGUUUGUGACGUCCACGGGUGGAGUUUGUGUAUUCAACAGCUAGUGACCCGCGAAGAUUCCGGGGUAGAAUAGGUCUUCAGCAACCCAUGCUUGGCGUAAAAGGUGACUAUGCUUGU